AUGAGUGGAAGAACAUCAAGGGGGAGGAAAAGAGCUUCGAAACCCGAUGACAUGCUUUCUCGGGAAGAGUUGGAGGGAAUGUACCCAGCACAAACCCAAGGCACAGGCAAAGAUAAGGUAACCUUCAAAAGACGACGUCGUCUGACUCCCGAACCAGAAAACGAACUGAGACGGAACGAAACUAAAGCGAAGCCGAAGCCAGAUGCACCAAAUUCGUUGAUUCCCUAUGGAACAGGGUCUUACAUUUUAAGCUUAUCAGAAGCAACGGAGAAGUCGUUUGACAAUGCCCUGAUCAGCCCGUUCACCCAACGAGACCUAAUUAUGUGUUUCAUUCGUUUCCCAUGGAAUGCGAAGAACGAGAGUAAGCCGCUUGAGAUGAAUAUCGCAAUCUCCGCAGUAUACAACAUGGAUAAAGUUGCGGAAGUGUUGAUGGAAAAGUUAAACAUUCCAAAAGACGUUAUGAAAAUGGCUGUAUCUCCAGCCUCAAAGCGCUCAGUGAAUGGUACCACUACUCUUCGAGAACUUGCACACAAAGACAUAUACAUGCCACAUGUAUUGUUGAAUGUGAGUAUUGUAGAAACGGAUCCAGCCAAGAAGAAGUUCGAUGAAGCAAGAAAGAGGCAAGAAGAAGAAAGAAAACAACCCAGCCCACAAAGGUCUCAUGGAAACCCUGAUGAUUUGAAUGGAAUCCAAGCCGCACCAGAGACUACCAGAGCUCCGAUCGGUUCCGUAAUUGCUCAUCGAAACAUUGAGGACAUUGAUUAUGUCAAUGUACUUACAAAUGCUUCUCCAGUGGUCCGAAAUUCUGGACAAGAAGUCGUAGCUCCACCUACUAUAAAAGCUACCAUUCCAGCUUCUAUCCAACAGAAUCUUAAUGGAAUGGAAUUGAAUGCGUAUCAUCAACAGUCAAAGCAAGUGCAGCCACCACAACGACCACGGCAUGAGCCGAUUCAGCGGAGAAAUCGAUAUCAACAACGGCAACAAAGGGAGCUUCAAAAAGCUCUUCUGCGCUGUCAACAAGGACCAGGACAACCGAUUCGUCUAGUUCUACCGAUUCCUCAACGACAACAAUUGCCGAUCCAGCAGACAAAUCAACACCAACAACGGCAACAGCUUCAGCCUCAACAAGUUCCUCCCCAGCCACCGCAAAGGCAAGAUCAGCCAAUUCAGCCGAUUCGUCUAGUUCUUCCGAAUCCACAACGGCAAGAACAACUAAUCCACCCAAUCCAACAUGAAGAUCAACUCCAACAACACCAGCAACUGCAGCCUCAACCAGAUCCUCGCAGCCCACCACAACUACACCAUCAACCGAAUUCUGUAGUUCUCCCAAAUUCACAACGGCAACAGCAGCCGAUCCAGGCAAUUCAACAGGAAGAUCAACACCGACAACAGCAAAAACUUCACGCUCAACCAGCUCCUCUCAGCCCACCACAACGACAAGAGCAGCCGAUCCGUCUAGUUCUCCCGAAUUCUCAACGGCAAGGACAACAGACGCAUCAACAGCAACAACGGCAGCAACUUCAGCCUCAACCAGCUCCUCUCCAUCCACAGCAAAAAAUGAAAAAUGUUCCACUUUCGAAGGUUUCCAGCAUGGUUUCUUAUGAAGAUCUUCCUCCCUCGAGAAUCCCUCCUCAUCGUCUUAUACUCAAUCCGACCACCUCUCGUCCACCUCAUCCCGAACAAAAUCAAGGAUUGGAAAAAGACAGAUUUGGUCAUCUCUAUGCAGAAUUUUCGGUGGGGGACAAACGGAGAAUUCUGAACGAAUAUCCAAGCGGAGAUAUAACUGACUAUUCAAAAGCCAAUGAUGACGAGAUUCAUGAAUUUUUCAAAGGGUUCCAACCAACACGCCUUCUACAAAUUCUCAAUAUUAAUAAAGCGAAGUACUUAUUCAAUAUGAAGACUAUUGAAGAUCAGAUGAGGAAGGGAUCAUCUGGGGAAGAAAUGAACAAGAAGUCGAAUUGGCAGGUUUAUAAAGAUAAAACUGACACCAUAGACCGGCAAAUCAGGGUUAUCGAAAAAGCACUAGUAAGUACUACGGUUGACGCGAAUUCGGUCAGAGGGGCUCCACCACAACCACAGCUUCCUCACCAGCAAACCGGUCCAAGUAUCCAGCCGAUUCUCGCGAGAGCUCCCGGCCAGUCUUCUAAUUUGCCAAACGAUCAAACAGCUCAAAAACAACAACCAAUUACAACGGUGGAUUCGAAUUUGGUCAAAGUGGCUCCAUCACAACAACAUCCUCCUCUCCAGCAUGUCGGUCCAAAUAUUCAGCCUAUUCUUGCUAGAACUCCCGGCAAGACGGCUAAUGUAUCAAACGAGCAAUCAGUUCAACAACGACAACCAGUUACUACGGUAGACGCGAGUUCUGCUAGAGUAGCUCCACCACAACAACAGCAUCCUCGCCAGCAAACUGGUUCAAAUGACCAGCCUAUUCUCGCCAGAGCUCCCGACCAAGGAACUGAUUUCUUAAAGAGUCAAACAGUUCAAAAACAACAACCAGUUACUACGGUAGAUGCGAGUAUGGUCAGAGUGGCUCCAUCACAACAACAGCUUCCUCGCCAGCAAAUCGGUUUAAAGAUUUCGCCGAUUCUUGCGAGAUCUCCCGGCCAGGCCUAUAGUUUGCCAAGUGGUCGAAUAGUUCAAAAACAGCAACAACCAGUUAAUACGGUAAACGCGAACUUGGUUAGAGUGGCUUCAUCACAACAACAGCCUCCUCGCCAACAAAUCGGUCCAAAUGUUCAGCCAAUUAUUUCGAUAUCUCCUGGUCAGUUAUCUAAUUUGUCAAAAGGGCAAAUAGUUCAACAACGACCACAGCAACAACCAAUCAUUACGGUAGACACGAAUUUGGUCAGAGUGUCUCCAUCACAACAACAACAACAACAACAACAACAACAACAACAACAGCCUCCCCGCCAGCAAACUGGUCCGAAUGUUCAGCCUAUUCUUGCGAGACCGCCCGGCCAGUCCUCUGAUUUGCCAAGCGGACAAACAGUUCAAAAACAACAACCAAUUACUACGGUAAACGCGAAUUUGGUCAGAGUGGCUUCAUCACCACAACAACCUCCUCGCCAGCAAAUCGGUCCAAAAAUUCAACCAAAUAUUGCGAGAGCUCCCGACCAGGGCUCUGAUUUGUCGAACCGUCAAACAGUUCAGAAACAACCACAACCAAUUUCUACGGCAAACGCGAAUCCGGUCAGAGUGGCUUCAUCACAACAACCGGCUCAUCGCCAGCAAAUCGGUCCAAAUAUUUCGCCAAUGCUUCCGAGAGCUAAUUUGUCAAACAGCCAAACAGUUCAACAAAGACAACAGCAACCAAUUACUGCGGUAGAGGCGAAUUCUGUCCGAGUGGCUCCAUCACAGCAACAGGUGAGUUAUAUUUUCCAGCAUCGCCAGCAAAUUGGUCCAAAUAUUUCACCAAUUAUUGCGAGACUUCCCGGCCAGUCCUCUAGUUCGUCAAACGGUCUUACAAUUCAACAACAGCAACAAUCAACUCCGAAAGCGCCUGGUCAAUAUACGCAUCCUUCAAGUGCUGAACCAAUCCGACCACACGAACUGCAACAACUCCAUAGAACUCCUGGCCAGAACGUACCACUACCAGGCGGUCUAUCAACGCAAAGAACGCUUACAUACCAAAGAGUUCCUGGACCAGUGAUAGUUUCUUCUAAUGGUCAACCAAUAAAACUUCCGCCUGGUUUGGUUGCUACAAACCAAAGAAUUCAAUUGCCAGCUGGAGCCUUUAAUAGAGUCACUACAGUAAGGAAUAACCAACGGCCACCACCACCACAACCGCCACAUCGGAGCACCCUUCUACAAGACAAAAAGUCGCCAAAGUUCCAUUUCAUAAAAAUUAUCGAUGCACAAACGGAGAUGUUUAUAAGAGAAUGGCAUUUCGAGUCGAAUCCAAAACAGCGGUUAGUUUUUUUUUUUUUUAAAUCAACAAUGGAAUCAUUUAAUUUAUUUUUUCAGCCAUUCAAUAGAAACAACACAAUAAAAGCUGUUCACGAGUUAUCCUCUUUUGCCGAUGAGUAUGAUUAUGCUCCAACAGACUUCUUGACACCAUACUACAAAACAAAUGUAUAUCCGAAGCCCGGAGAGAGAAUGACCCAGAAGAUGUUCUAUUGGUAUGAAACUCGAAAACGAUGGGAUGCGGCUGGUGUCAAGAUUCCAGUACUUAAUCAAGAAGAUCAAUUUAAACUUAAAUCUGCAUUACAAGAUAUUCAACCUUACAAUUCGAAUCUCCAGGCUUACCGAUCCACCGGUUUCUCAUCCACCAAAGACAUUCUCAAAGUGAUAUGUUUUUUAGAUUUAGAAAUGCUUUAA